AAGAACCGCCGACCGCGCCAUGUGAUUUCCGCCAUCUACCGUAUUUUCUUUCUUUCUUUUCGGUUGUCAAUUGUACACGAGUAAUUUUGAUAUUUAUAUUUUUAAUUUUCGUUAAGGCAUAGAUAUUAUUACAAUGACGGAUAUUGCGGAAAUGGAACGCAUUUUAAAAUGCUUGCUGGAACCGGACAACGAAGUCAUUAAACAGGCCACAGAUGAACUAACAGCAGCAUUGAAAAAUCCUCAGGCUUACGUAGUAUUGUGUUCAGUCUUAAGUUCUAGCAAAGAAGACAGGCUAAAAGAAUAUGCAGCUCUCGUAAUUAGAAAAAAAUUACAUAAACGCAAUGCAUGGAUGAAUAUAUCUCAAGAAAUCCGCCAACAAAUGAAGCAAUUUUUGUUGAAAGUUAUCAUCGAUGAACCUAGUCUUCAUGUGAAAAAACAUAUUCUUCAGUUGAUUGCAGUAAUUGCAAAACAUGAACUCAUGAGAGGUACAUGGAAUGAAUUGUUCAGCUUCAUUGAAACGUACAUCAAGAGCAAUGAUAUUGCCGAAAGACAGUUUGGAAUGUUUGUCAUCAGAAACUUGUCAGAUUAUAUUCCACAAAUGUUUGAAUCUCAUAUUGUAACGUUUGUGAAUUAUUUCACUACCAUGUUGUGCUCCGUUGAAGAUUGCACGUCAUCUACUGUUUAUGAUGCUAUAUCAGCAAUGAACAAUAUCUUGGAAUUAGCAGUUCAAGUUCCUGAGGUUAUACAAGUAUAUUCAAAUUCUGUGCCUCGUGUAUUAGAUGUGAUAAUUGCACUUUCAACAACCAACCCUGAUCACGCUUGUGAUUGUUACCAAUUACUUGCGUCAAUGUGUGAGUUUUCUAUUCAAGCCUUAUUACCACAUUUGAAACCGGUUGUCCAAGUUUCUGCACAACUGGCUGGUAACAAAGACUUGGAUGAAACUUUAAGGUGCAACAGUAUAAACCUUAUUUCUACUAUAAUCAGAAGCAAAAAAAAAAUUUUAGUCAAAUUAAAUCUGUUACAACCGAUAAUAGAAUUGAUGUUCAGUAUACUGAGUGAAGAAACUGACGAUGACACUUGGUUCUUAGAAGAGUAUGCGUUAAAUCCCAUGAAUUCGGCUGGUGACUGUAUGGCAGCGAUUGCUGAUGAAAUAUCUGCAGCUGCUUUUAUGCCAAUAAUGAUUAAAUUGAUAGAUGCUGCGUAUAGCUCACAAGAUCCAAAUGCGUUAAAAGCAUCAUAUAUGACCAUGGCUUAUGUCUCUGACGGUUGUUCUGAAUAUUUAAAAAAGAGUUAUUUAAAGCAAUUUGUAACGGCCAUUAAAAUGGGAUUAAACAGUUCCAACGAAACAGUAAAAUCGGCAGCCAUGUAUGCGCUGGGUGAAGUUUCUCAAUACGUUCAACCUCAAGUUAGUACAUACGCAUCGGAAGUGUUGCCUGAGUUAAUGAAAAUGUUUAAAGAAAAAUUAAUCAAGGAAUAUACUCAGCCGGAGUGUAGUUCGGAAGUUCGCAUGAUAUUUUUCGCUCUUGAUAAGUACAUCGAUAGUAUGGAAAAUGGAAUUGAAGAGUAUAUACCAGAAAUGACUGGGAUUGUUAUGGACAUAUUAAGAAAUGAACAAUGUUGUAUUGAGCUGAAGGAUAAAGCUAUCACUAUAAUGUGUAGCAUUGUUAAAGCUGGUGGACAUUUAGUGGCCCCAUACUUUAUCCCCAUAAUGGAACUUCUAAAUGAUUAUUUGAAACCAGGAAUUAAUGAAAAUCUAGAAAGUAUUCAGAUUAUGGUGAUUCAGUUACUUUCUGAAUUUGUGGACGCACUUGACCCCAAACUUUUCGAGCCCUAUUUAGAUGCAAGUUUAAAAUGUGGACUAGCGCUGCUACAAGAAGCUAAGGAUGAUCAACCAGAAGUCAGAGCUGUGUGCUAUGGUCUUUUCAGUACUGUUGCCAAAGUUUCGGUUGAUCAUUUAGUACCUUACAUGGAUGUUGUCAUGCAGCACAUAAUGAAAAGCUUGGAAAAUUCAAUCGACAGUGAAUAUACUGAGAAAAACAGCUACAAUGCUUACGAUAACAAUGAAGAAGACGAAGAAGAUCUAGAUGAGUCAUUGGAUACCGAUGAACAAAUUGAUAUUGCUGACAACAGUGACGAUGACAGCGAACAAUUUGUCUACGUCGAUGCCCACGUAACUGAGGAAAAGGAUAAUGCUUGUAGAACAAUAGCUCAAAUAGCAAAUGUUACUGGCGAUAAGUUUUUACCUUACUUGAAAGAUAGUUACAAUAUAAUAUCAAAGCUAUUGGAAGAAGACGAUGAAGACACUAUUGAUUCAGCACUUGAAGCAUACGGGCAAUUAUGCAUUAAUUUUUCGAGAUUAUCUGAUCCUGCUAGUCAAGAACUUUUAGAAAAAGCUUUAGAAGGUUUCUUAAGUUACGGACAAAAGAAAGUACAAGAUGAUGGAUUGGAAUCUUUAGAUAUGACAUUUUUUGAAGUAUUAGCCGAAAUGCUAAAAGAAAUUAAAAGCCGGAUGUCAAAAUACGCAGAGCCAAUUAUGAUGCUUUCUAAAAAUAUUUUGGCUUUAAAGAUUGGAGAUGCUAGCAGCCCGGGUGAGUUAGACGAGUUAGAUAGUGAGAAUAAUGAAAUACCAAUAGAAUAUGCUGGAAAUGUCAUUUCAAAUUUAAGUUACGUUGUUCCCCCUCAAACGUUUACGACUUAUUUUAUUUCAUUGGUACCGUUAUUGAAGAAACUACUGUCAAAGGAGUCUUCGGAUAUAUUGCGAGCUAGUGGAUUAGCGACUAUUGGAGAGUCUGUGAAAGGUUUGGGAGAAAACGCUGGAGAGAUAUCAGAACUUAUGCUUCCUCUUGUGUUGCCACUUAUCGAAACUAACGAUGAUUCGGUUAGAAAUAACGCUGUAUUUGCUUUGGGCGAAAUUGCAUUUUACGGAAAAGGAGCCAUCUAUAAAUAUUAUCCAACAAUAUUAAGCACAUUUUCUCAAGUUGUUGCAACAGAGCAACGUUCCAAAGUCUUGGACAAUGUGUAUGGAGCACUGGCAAGAAUGAUUAUUACAAAUAUUGAAGGAGUACCUUUGGAUCAUGUGGUGCCUGUAAUGAUUAAUUAUUUACCGUUGCAUGAAGAUUUUGUGGAAAACCUGACCGUGUUUCGUUGUUUAGUAUAUUUAUAUGAAAUUGGUAAUCAGUAUAUGGUAUCUCUCUCCGAGACCGUUGUUAAAGCAUCACUAGUCACACUAAGCGAUAAACGGAAAUAUUGUGAUGAGGAAGUCAAAGGAGAAAUCAUCAAACUUCUGCAAAUGUACAAGAGAGAUUUUCCUGAAAAAUGUAUGGCUUUAGUUUUACCGGAAGACCAGGGAAGACUAUUUAAUGAAAUUUAGCUUUAUUAAAGCAUACUACAUGUUUUUUAUUUCUUACAUUAUGUUAUGACUCUUCCUUUAUUAUUCAUUUUGCCGUUACAUUAUUCCAAAUAUUAAGUAUUUAAUUUGUUUUGAUGUUUAUAUUACUUAUGUUGUUUUAAAAGAAAAUACUUCAAGUUCUUUUUAAUUAAAAAAAGUUAAUUUGUCAAAUAUUGUGAGAUAAAACAAAUAACAUUUUUACAAUAAAAUCAAUGUUA